AUGCGUUCGAUGGCAGAAGCAUACUUCGCCACGCUGCUCCGAUUGAGCAGCCACUACAAUUGUCGCAACAGCGUUUAUCCGUCGAGCGAGGUACGCCGCUUCCCCGUCGGGGAUGAGCAAGUCGACUGGCGAUGCCCCUACCACGAAUACAGGCCGCCACACUACGAGUCGCCGAACCUCAAAAAUAAACCCUGGUCCGAUCCAAAACUAGGUGUCGCAUGCUUUCAGCCACAAUGGCACCAAUUGGACGGCGGGAUUGACCGGCGCAGUCAUGAAAAAGAUAAGUAUCAGGUUCGGGGCGUACCGCGUAAUCCAGUGGGCCGUACUGGCCUCACUGGUCGCGGGCUCCUUGGUAGAUGGGGUCCUAACCAUGCGGCUGAUCCAGUGGUAACACGUUGGAAACGGGAGGACGAACCAUCCCGAUCAAUUAUCCUUCACCACGAGACCAAUUUGCCUAUUCUACAAUUUUGCGCCAUCCAGCGUCGGGACAACAACCAAUGGGCCAUCCCUGGUGGUAUGGUUGAUCCUAACGAGCAGGUGACCCAAACACUGAUGCGUGAAUUCAUGGAAGAGACGAUGAAUUCCCUGGAUCAGAGUCCAGAAAACAGUGAGAGUAUGAAGCGAUUGGUGAUAGAGUUUUUCAGUGACGGAAAGAAGUUUUACGAAGGGUAUGUGGACGACCCGAGAAACACGGAUAAUGCGUGGAUGGAGACAGUUGCGUCGAAUUUUCACGAUGAGACUGGGGAAAUUGUUGGAAAAUUGAACUUAUCCGCAGGUGACGAUGCAAAGGCUGUGCGCUGGAUGGACAUCGACAACAGUUUGGCAUUGUUCGCUAGUCAUAAGCACUUUAUUGAAUAUGUAGCAAAAAUGCGGGGCGCGCAUUUUGGAUAGGCAAUACAUA